UAGCAACAAAUAAAGCAAAAUGGAGUCGGAUAGAGGAAGUGUCGAAACGACCGACACAGUAGAUAAUCCUCUACAGGAUCUUACCAAUGAACAGUUAUAUCAGUUGGUGGAGGAAACAGCCCGAGCCAAUGAAGUGCUGGCUGCAGAAACCCAAAUGUUUGAGAGGUUUCUCAAACGAGUGGAACCUAUCAAAGACAUUAUUGGCCCCACACAACAGGCCUCUGUUGCAUCCGUUACGUCACAGGCAGAGGUUCGCGGUUCCAGGAGACGGUCCAAAUCUCGCAGCAGUACCACGGACAGAUUGUUAAAGUUAACAGCGGAACAGAAAUGCGACAUUGCCCAGAGAGAAAUUGAAGAGCUUAGGGAUGAAAUUGAACGACUGAACGAAGAAUCUGAGAAAGUUUUGGAUACAUACAAGGCUAUAAUGGAAGAAGCCGAUCUCCGGUUAGCUGAAAUAAAGAAAGAAUCAUAUGAAUUUGACCGAGAUAUUGUCAAGGGAGCUGUCAAUCAACGGACAGCCAAAGUGAUUGCAGAGAAAGUCAUUCGAUACUUUGAAGACCGGCUAAGAGCUCGGGACACACUGAUUGAAAAGUUACGUCUCAAAAAUUCGACUCUAAAAGUGCAGAAGAAAAAGUUACAUUUGCAGUUAAAACAGAAAGAAGAAAUGGGUGAAGUGUUGCAUGAGGUUGAUUUCAACCAGCUGAAGAUCGAGAAUCAGCAGUAUCUGGAGAAGAUAGACGAGAGAAACCAGGAUCUGUUACGGCUCAAACUGAUGGCGGGAAACACAUUACAAGUCUUAAAUAUAUACAAGAAAAAGCUUCACACACUAACGAUGGAAUCAGAAAGACUUGAUACCGAGAUAACAUCGAGGAAUGAACUCCUCAAGAGGAUUGAUUCAGAGACAAAAACUGUUGAAGUGGAGAGAGCAAAAGCGGAGUCUAUAAACCGGAAAUUGCGCCAGGAGCUGGCCGACUACCGAGUGCCGGAUGUGAUGCAGUACGUGCAGGAGAAAGCCGACCUGUACGAGAUCAAGAAGAAAGUCAAGAGCUGGGAGAGGAAAGUGGAAAUUGCAGACAUGGCUCUAAAAACCCACCGGAAGACUUGGAAUCAGAUACAAAGAGGGAGUGGCUUGUCGGAGCCUUGGAGGAUCGCAUAAACUGGAGGAACUCCGUAUAUUUAUAUGUUGAUAAAACAUGGAAAUCGGUUUCAUUACAUUCCAGCCAGUGUGAACCGCAUUUUAAUUUUUAACGAAGAUUGUUGUCAUCAAAAUACAGCAACAAUUUGUGAUAAACCUUUUUACUUUUGUUUUAAAUACAAUCUAUUCAAGGCUUGAAAUUCAUUUUUGUGGAGUGAGAAACAUUCUUUGCUUUUCAGAUUUUAAGCUGGAAGCAAAAUGCUAUAGGAAGUGAGAAGCAGAUGUAGAAAUUAGUCUCAAAAUUUUAAAAGACUUGUAGUGUACUUUUUUUUUAACAACAGUGAGAAAAGAUGAGACAAAUGUGGAUAAAAGUUGAUGAUUUAUAUUAUCGCUUUUGAAAAUGUGGAAUUCUCUGUAUGUGUGUAAUACUGUCAAACAUGAGAUGGAAGGCAUAAGCUGCUUGUGGAGUUCAUUAUUAGAAAGCAUACUGUACAUGUUGUCAUGGAAUAAAAGCAAUUUGGUGAAUUCGCUAUAAAAAUAUGUCGCCACAUUGAAAUUUCAUUUAGCAAAAAUAGCAGAACAUCCAUAAACAACAGAUGAUUUUCAAAUUAUCAUUUUGGCUAUUUGCCAAAUUAAACUUAUAAUUUCAUGAGCGACAGCUUAAACUCUGAUUGUACAUUUUGAGUGCAUUUAUCAAUUUCAAGCCUUGAUAUUUUGAAAGAGAAUGGGAUGUAUUUUCUAAAUUGUAAACACACCGACACAUUUUUUUAAUAUUGUGAAGCUGAUUUUUAACAAAAUAAAAUAAAACUGACUGACUGUAUAUAGUGUGAAAGAAACAUUAAAAAUACCAAAAAAAAUAAAGAUUACAUGGUAUUUCCAACAUGAGACUCCAUAUAGGAUCCUGAAAUUAAAUGUUUAUUUCAGGUCACACUUUACUGUAUCAUUAAAAUUAUGUCACAUCUUUAUUUUGAAACAUUUUUACUGUUCUGUGUACAGUGUAUCUGUGAUAUAAAGUAUUAUAUUUGUGUUAUACGUGA